AUGCCGCACUCAACAGCCACAACCACAACCACAGCAGACGACACGGUCACUUCACAGCCGGCGGUGCAACUGGACCCAGAGGUCGUCGCCUUGGCCGGACGAGCCUUCGACGCGGCGAGAAGGGGCCAGAUGGACAUGUUCGAACAGGAUUUACCGCGCGGUCUACCAGGCAACUUGACAAACGACAAGGGCGACACUCUUCUUAUGCUUGCCUCAUACUAUGGCCAUGCCCCGUUGGUGUCGCUGUUGGUCAAAUACGGCGCCGACCCCAACCGGCUCAACGAUAAGGGACAGUCGCCUCUGGCUGGCGCGGUGUUCAAGGGCGAGGUCGAAGUCAUCAAGAUGCUGUUGGAGGCCGGGGCCGAUCCUACUAUUGGCGAGCCGAGUGCACUGGAGGCGACAAAGGUAUGGCAGAAACUCAUUGUUCCUUGCUGA